UCAGGGCCACAAGGUUCAAGAGGAGAACCAGGAUUAAUUGGAAUGCCGGGUGCUUCAGGUCAGCAAGGCUUAGCAGGGACACCAGGAUCUAAAGGUCAAAAGGGAGAUCAAGGAGAACCAGGCAGACCUGGAAAUGUAGCAAGAGCUGGAGAUCCUGGACCAUCAGGACCCCCUGGAGUACCUGGUGAACCCGGCAUUGAUGGAAAGAAGGGAGAAAUAGGACCUCCAGGUCCCCCAGGUCUAGUUGGUCCAACUGGUCUUCCAGGACCACCGGGGCCUUCAGGUGUUGGUGGAAGUGAAGGAGCUAUGGGCCCAAAGGGAGUUAAAGGAGACACUGGACCAAGAGGACCAGAUGGCUUACGUGGUGAGGUUGGAAUACCUGGAAAAAUAGGACCAAUAGGCAGGCCUGGACCAAAAGGAGAUACUGGAGAUAGGGGUUCUCCAGGGCAGGAGGGUUCUAGAGGGCCAUCUGGGCCACAGGGUUUAACAGGACCAAUAGGACCCCCAGGACCUUCAGGACUGCCAGGACUUAACGGAAAUGAAGGAAAACCUGGACCUCCUGGACCACCUGGGCCACCAGGACCUAAAGGUGUUGGUGGUGGCAGUGGCAUAGAAUUUGAUGGGUAUGGCAGCAUACGUGGCCCUAAGGGUACAUCGGGUCAUGUAGGACCACCAGGUGUACCUGGUGAACGGGGUGCUCAAGGAAAGCAAGGUCCACCAGGUCUACCUGGUCCUGUUGGAAUACCUGGAGCAGCAGGGUCUCCAGGAUUACCUGGUGAGCCUGGAAGCAGAGGACAACCAGGAAUGCCAGGAUUGCCUGGUCCUCCAGGAAGGGGAUUUACAGAAGAAGAAAUGAGAGAACUUUGUGCCACUGUGUUGAGAGAGCAAUUAGCAGAACUGACAGCAAAACUAAGAGGUCCACCGGGGCCUCCAGGACGAGGCAAACAUGGCCGUCCGGGUCCUCCAGGAUUACAGGGAUCACCAGAAAGGAUGGAUGAGCUAAUCAGGGACCUAAGAGGUCCCCCAGGGUUCCCCGGCUAUGGACGACGGGGAGCUUCGGGGCGACCUGGACAUCAAGGAAUCCCAGGUGAUCCUGGUAUACCUGGAUUACCAGGUGAAAGGGGUUUCAUUGGUAUGCCUGGACAACAAGGUCCGCCAGGACUGAUGGGACCAAAAGGAAGUCGAGGUGACAAAGGUGAUCGUGGCCCAGAAGGAGUUGGUAUAGAAGGUCCUAUGGGACUGAGAGGUUUACCAGGUCCUCCAGGCCCUACAGGAACUGGACUUCCUGGACGUGCUGGAGAACGAGGUCCCCCAGGAAGGCAAGGAGUUCCAGGUGUACGGGGUCCACCUGGACCUCAGGGUCCACCAGGAUACUGUGAGGUCUGCAAUUACCGAGGAGUUGAUCUUGCUAAUGCGCUUCAUCAGCUACCUACUUCUCAGGACAAUAAGGGACCUGCAAAUUAAUAAUGUGAAGAACUAUAGGUUUAAAAAUACACCGUAUGCCUGAAAAUUUCUGACCCUACUUUAUCAAGUUUCAUCUUUCAUUAAAGAUGUAUAAAAUCUAUUCCAACUUUUGGGGAAUGAAAACGUUUUAAGUGAAUUAAAUAAAUAUUAUCAACUUGUCACACUGUAUA